AUGCCAUCUCAUAUCAUCUCCUUCGACCUCGAUUUUGCGGAGAAUGUAACUCUGGAGCGAGUGGCCAUGGUCUUAUCUAGAUACAAAGAAUGCGAGCAUUAUGCGUACGAGCGAGCAGAUACGUGGAGUUUGGGACUUGGAACUCACGCCUCGUUCAUGAUUGACGCCAAAGGAGAAAUCGCGACAAUUACCACCGGGGCACGGCGAGAAGAACAUCCGGUUGGCGACUCCCUUGCUCAGGCCGCACGAGACUUUCUUUCCCAGCAUGCGCAACCGGAUCAUAAAGUCUUUGGCCAGGUUGGAUUCAACUACGCCGCACAUACCCAAGGGAUGCCAUUUAAGCCGGGCAGUUGUCCUCUUUUAAGCCUGCUGGUCCCGCGUGUAGAGGUUCUGUUUCACCGAGACCAAAUCACAUUGACCGGGCCCCACGACACGGAAUUAAAGGAGCUGUCCACCCUCAUCAUGGGCGACGCCGCUCUGGAACCGCAUCCAGGAUCAACAAUCGAUACGGGGGACCCUGCAGGAGAAUACGUGAGUCAGGUUCAGCGAGCACAGGCAGAUAUUGCGGGAGGCAAAUAUACCAAGGUCGUUCCGUCACGUGCCGUCAGGCUGUCAACCCGAGUGGACAUGGCAGCAACGCUUCUGUGCGGUCGACAGGCCAAUGACCCUGCUCGCAGUUUCUCAUUGAGCCAGGGUGGAUUCCAGGCGACGGGGUUUAGUCCGGAACUGGUGAUGUCCGUUCGGGAAGGCAUCGUGGCCACCGAACCGCUGGCGGGAACGCGCUCGCGGCUCGGCUCGGCGGCGGAGGUCGAGAAAUUAACGCAGGAAUUAACACACGAUCCGAAAGAAAUAAUGGAGCACGUUAUGUCUGUCAAGGAAGCGAUGGAGGAGCUAAAUCGACUCUGUGUUUCCGGCACAGUCACGACCGAUGACUUCAUGUCCGUUCGCCCCCGCGGCAGCGUGCAGCAUUUGGGAUCUCGCGUCUCGGGCACACUGACAGCGGACAAGGACCCAUGGGAUGCGUUAGGUGUCACCUUUCCCUCAAUUACCGCCUCGGGGAUUCCGAAAAGGGCAGCCUUGGAAGGAAUCCAGCGUCUAGAGAAUCGUCCCCGGGAGCUGUAUUCCGGCGCCGUCUUGAUGCUAGACGGUCCCGAUUCCUUCGAGGCGUCGCUUGUUCUGCGCACUGUAUUCCAAGAUCCACAUCGCGCAUGGAUCCAGGCUGGGGCUGGAGUUAUCGCGCAGUCCAGUCCUGACCGAGAACUCACCGAAACCCGCGAAAAGCUGGCCAGUAUUGCCCCUUUUGUGGUCACAGAAGCUACGCCGGUGGGACUGUGCAGCUGUGGGGAGGGUGAAUGA